AUGAACUUCUCUCCUGACUUGAAAUCCUUGCUUGCGCAAAUGAACUCGGCAUUGGGACUUAACAACGUUGAGGACCGUACACAGUACUAUUCCCUCCUCAUGGCGGGGGUGUGUAUCGCGAUUGUCUCUCUGCCCAGACUUUUCAAGAAUCGGAAGCUCGAAGUUAACGUACCUAUCGAGGGAUCCUCUGGUGUUGUCUCAUCGUACAUCGACGCGUAUGAUUUCAUCGCCAAUGCCAGGUCUGUUCUCAAGCGAGCUUAUGAGAAGUACGGUCAUGGGACAUUCAAGAUUCCCGAAAUGAGUCGGUACACCGUGAUAAUCAACAAGCGUGAUGUUAUCGAAGAGAUCAGGAAGGCUCCUGACAGUAAAGCCUCAUUCGACGCGGCGAUGGCUGAGGUAAAUCAAGGACUUCCUCGCAAAUAUUGCAUACCAAUAGCAGCCAUAUUUUCGCAGGAUUUCGCAUUUCGAUGGACACUUGGAGAGAAUCUCAUUAAAGAUACAUAUCACAUCACGACUGUCCGCAAUCAGCUGACUCGCUCGUUGGGUUUGCUAUUCGACGAUGUCCGCGACGAGAUUAUGCGUGCCUUCCACGACCUUAUCCCAGUUAAGAUUGAUGAUUGGGUCGCCUUCCCUGCAUUGGAUAUGGUGAGGAACAUCGUAUGCAGAGCCAGCAACAGGAUAUUCGUUGGCGUCCCACUUUGCAGAAAUCCAGAGUUUAUCGACCUGAGUAUCAAUUUUACAAUUGACAUCAUGAAAACGGUAUUCAUGAUCCAGGAUACGCCAGUCUUUUUACGCCCUAUUGUCGGUGCAUAUUUUAGUCCAACGGCUCGAAGUGUCCGUCAGGCCAUGAAGUUCCUUCGCCCUCUUUUUGAGGAGCGAUUCCGAAUGUAUGAUGAAAAUGGUGAUGAUUGGCAAGGAAAACCGGCCGACAUGAUUUCGUGGCUAAUUGACGAAGCACCGGUGAACGAGAAACGAAGCGUUCGAGAUCUCACAACGCGGAUGCUUGCAAUAAACUUCGCUGCUAUGCAUACGUCUUCGAAUAGUUUCACUCAUGCCUUGUUCCACCUUGCGGCGGAGCCACAUUACAUCCCUCCGCUACGGGAAGAGAUCGAGCAGGUAAUUAAGGAGGAAGGAUGGUCAAAGAUAGCAAUGACGAAGAUGUGGAAACUUGAUAGCUUCAUGAAGGAGAGCCAGCGGAUAAACGGCAUCAACCUCUUAUCCUUGAAUCGCAAGAUAAUGUGCGACUUGACCCUACCGGAUGGCACCUUCCUGCCCGCUGGCACAUUUGUCGCCGCGAACUUGGUAGGAGCGCACCGCGAUGAUUCUCACUACCCGGACGCAGAUAGGUUCGAUGGCUUUCGGUUCUCGAAAUUGCGCGAGCAAAGCUCCGAGGAGGGUGUAAAGCACCAAAUGGUCAAUACGAGUCCAGAAUAUCUAGCAUUCGGACACGGACGCCAUGCCUGCCCGGGCCGAUUUUUCGCAGUAAACGAGCUCAAAGCGAUGAUGGCAUAUUUGAUUUUGAAUUAUGACGUGAAGACAGAAGUCGAGGGAGUGCGACCGGAGAAUGUCUACCAUCGUGCUCGAUUGAGCCCGAACCCAAAGGCCAAGGUCCUUUUCAAGAAACGUACAGAUGCAUAA